UAUCUUUGGAAAGCAACUUUUGGGUUGGCCAGAACAUAUUGUGCACUGUGCACAUGUGCUGCAUGGAGCUUGUCUGAAGCUGUCAUAAAUGUAUUCGACACCCCUGGCUGAGACGCAUCAGUAUUGUUUGGAUCCGCUACAGUGCACCAGUACCUGGACAGCCGUUUUGAAGACUUGGUUGUGUUUCCGAUUUAUUUUUUGUUGGAUUUUUGACCCGGUACCAUGGAAGGUCAAGACCAUAACUUUGUCGAUGGCAUUCAGUCAAUGGGCGUCGUCAAUGCCCUCAAGACGGGCAACAUCCAUAUUGAUAUGCUCAUUGCCAUGUUGAUUCCUGUGGUCCUUCGAGUAAUGUUCUCCGUGGUCAGUGGCUUUAGUUUGGAAAAGAUCAUGGAGAAGAUUAAAGGAUGGUUCGAUUGGGAAGAAGAUGAUACGGAGUGGUACACCCGUAAAAUCGUGCAUGCCGAAGAAAAGGAUCGCAACAACGACACCUUCAAUUCAUUGGAUGAUGAUGUCAAGAACGAAAUACUCAUCAAGGCAAUCACCAUGUACCUGCAGCAUUUAAAGUGUAUCAAGUUGCAGCAUGCGCAGUUAAAAUUGACGGCUCUUCAGCAUGACACUGGGAGUGGCGAUAAUUAUUGGAGCGAUAGUGACGAUGAAGAAGACGAGGCCGGACGUUUCUCGAAUCAGCUGUCAUCCUACAAGAUUGUUCAGAAUCCUCCCGAUGACGAGUGGCAUCCGACAGGUAGAAAGUAUCCAUCAACCAGGCCUGAAAAGCCGGACCGGAAAAGCAGCAAAGAUGUUGUUACUACCACCGGAAACACCACAGACGAUAAAUAUGAAGAGGAGGAGGGUGACGACCUCCAUGAAGUGGAGAUUAAGAUAAGCCAGAGGGAAGAACGUGUCGGCACUGAGGGAGGAGACAGCAACAACAACGAUAAUAACAACAACAAAGCGCCCGUGGCUAUUGAUCGUCGUUAUGUCGAAUACAAGUUACGUUCCACCGGAGAGGAAUCUGUGGACCAGUUCAUUGAUGAGGCAUAUGCCUGGUAUGUCUCUGAGAUAAAGAAAGUUGAAGACAAGGACAAAUCACGCUACUACUACGAUAUGCUUGACAAGGACUACUCCGAGGGCCAGAACCACCAGUUCAAACGAUACAGACUUUCAGAUGAUAAGAGCUUUGAUUCCCUCUUCUUUCAGGAGCGAGAUACCAUAGUCAGGUUGCUUGGACACUUUCUCAAUAAGACUGGCAAGUACGGUAUCCAGGGAUACCCGUACAAGUUGGGGUUGCUUCUCCAUGGACCGCCAGGAACCGGCAAGACGAGCCUCAUCAAAGCUAUAGCAAACUACACGGGCCGUUGUAUCAUCAACAUUCCGUUAGCGCGCAUCAAAACGAACGCAGAGCUGAACCGCCUCUUUUUUUCGGAUGAGUACCACUAUGAUGGUUCCUACUAUCCAGCCAAGAUGGCGUUCAAGGACGUCAUUUUUGUGAUGGAAGAUAUCGACGCCGCUUCCAAAGUAGUACAACGCCGUGAUGGCAAGCGGACGUCCACCGUAGCACAAACAGCACACGUCAAUCUGCCGGUUCCGAAAUCCAUGUGGCGCUUGUUGUUGGAGAGCAAGGGAGAGGAGUGCAUCCAGCUGGUGGAGCAACUUGUGGAUAAGUCUGAGAGAUUGAAGGAAAACGCCAUGUCUUCGGACACGCUCAAAGCCAUGGCGGAGCGGAUGAACAGCAUACCUGGAUUGAGCGUGGUGGGGCACCCUACCCAGUCACAGUCUGGGGCCGCUGCCAUGAAAAAGAUGGCUUCUGAUGCUCUGGAAGACGGUGCUCACAUGAUGGAAGGAUGCAACGCUCUGGACGAGUACCUCAACUUUCACGCCAAGAGCAUCUUGAAGCUAAUCGAGAUGGGAGCAGAAGUGGAUGAAGCCUUCGAAAACGAAUUACUUGGCCUUGCCAGCAGUCCUGCGCCCGGCAAACCGCCCCUUGGCAAGCCAGGCCUAUCGCGAGAUGUGUCAUACAACAAGUAUAGCAGCACCAGGUCACUGGAGGUUGAAACCAUCGACAAAACAUCUCAAACCCUCGGAAAAUUGGCAGCAGCCAACGCAGCCGCCUUAAACAUGUCCUCUGGGCCGGUGGGCGAGUUGAGAAUGCCAGGAGGGGUGUCUCGACCGUUUGGCGCCGCCGAUAAGAUGGGUGAUUUGGACGAUUUUCCGCUCGGUCUGGGAGGUGGAGGUAUUGGAGCGACAAAGCAAGGAGCCUUUGGAGGACGCGGAGGCGGAGGCGGAGGCUUUGGUGGACUUGGCCUCGGUGGCCUGGGCGAUCUCUCCCGUUUCGGUCCCCUGAGAGAUGAGCUGAAUCUCUCUGGGUUGUUGAAUGUCCUCGAUGGCGUUGUGGAUACACCAGGAAGGAUUUUGGUUAUGACGACGAAUCACCCGGAGAAGUUGGAUGCAGCCUUGAUCAGGCCAGGCCGCAUUGACAAGAAGCUGAUCCUGGGAUACAUGCAGGCAGACGAUGUGGUGAAAAUGCUCGAGCACUACUUUCAGCUGAAGUUGGAUGGAAUCCAGAAGGAUCGCGUCCAUCGGGCGGUCAAGGGCGACGGAACGUCAAAGCGGCCUGCUCUGAGCUUGACUCCUGCACAAGUCGAACAGUUGACCGCUGAGCACGAUGAUAUCGAAGACAUGAUCGCAGCUCUCGAGGAAAAAGGCAAACCAAUCAUGUCUGAUGAGCAGCCAAAAGAAGAAAUCUCCCGAAUCACAUAUGAAGGCUCAGGUGAUUGGUAAUGGUGACCACGCUCAGUUUAGCCUCGGCUCAUUCCUCCAAUGGCGUAAAUUGCUUUUGAUGUUACUGAUUCUAGCUAGAGCUAGAAGUUUCGAUUGGUUGAGACUCGCGUGCGGCUAGCUGGGAGAAUAUGGUACUCUAGCUAGCUAGCUUCGGUGGGCUGCCAGUUCUAGUAGUAGAUUCAUUUUUGGGCACCCGUUUUUCGCCGCGAGAUGCGUGAUCGUGGGAUCCGUACAAGAACAACCGGUACCGUACCGGUACCGUGUCAUGGCCGGAGAAAUUGAAAGCGUAACGCUAUUUUAUUGUUCUUAGCGCUAAGCUGGGUGGGUUGCCACUACACGUGUACAGUACCGCGGGACGGUUGCUACUCCUAAUGCUUCAGGAAGGUGGAGAAAUCCAUUUCCAUCCCAUUCCAACCGAGGUAACCUAUGACCAAAGACAGUGGUUGACAGUAGCUUUGACAGUGGUAAACCAUGGCACUUUCAACCACUGUCAUUUCUUACAGUGAUAAACAGUGGUACGUGGUGCGAAGACAGCGAUGGGCACCACUACGGUUUUGCAAAACAGUGGAGCUUCAGUGGUUUGCAGUUGCUGCAUGGCUAAAUUUUAAAAGCCCACCCACUGCAGACCAGUCUCCAUGAGAGUCAUUGAUUUUCUUCAUCCCCCGGAAUUGUGACAUUGAUGGCUGCAUAUGCAUGUGGAGCCAAAAGAUGAGGCCACAGCUCCUUGAUGAGAACUUCAGAAGUUCAGAAGGCAUUGGACUACAUCUACCAGUACCACAGCCUUUUCUACAGAUGAACGAGCCAUAGACCUGCCACACUGUGUACCAUACCGGUCAGCUUCGGUACCGUGCCUACUAUUAAUACUGUAGUAGACUAUUAAUAGUCCGAGUAUCAGGUAUCGAUAAGUCCUUCAACUUUCGAGUUGAGUAUAUUUCGCAAGAUCAAAAGAGAACUAUCCUACCGGUAUGUCAAAUCAAGAUCAAUAAUCGUA